AUGGACAUACAUUUAACAAAUAAUAAUACCUUACAAUAAUAGGAUUUAAAUCAAUCAAAUUACUCUAGCUAAUAAUUAUAUUAGAUUGCUCUACAAUUCUUAGAUAAUCCAUAAACUUUAUCUAAUGCACUCCUUAUUUUCAAUGUAUUACUUUUACACUUAAUAAAAAGCAAAUCGCUUAACAAGAAUACAAUAUAUAUCCACUCUUGCAAAAUUAAUUCAUAAACUUAUUACUACAUUCAAAUCCAGAUGUAUAAAAUUUAACUAUCUCUUUGAUUUCAAACUUAAUCCAUAAGAAAUAUGAUUUUUCAUCUUUAAAUAAACAAGUUAUUGAAUCACUUCUCAUUAAUAUUAGAUGGGAUUUUACAUUAAAUACUCCUCAAUAAGGAUUUGAAUACACCUCUAUUCUAUUAAAUGCUCCAUUUCCUGAUCUUAAUAAUUUAAUAAGGAUUGUUGAACCAACAUCUCUUAUAAAAUAUUACUUCAUCAAUAAAUAAGGCAUUAAUAUAAAUGGACUCUUAAAGACUAUGGAAAUAUUCUUAAGUAAUCAUAAUUUCAUUUUUAAUAAUGCUAUUGAAUUUAUUGAAAUAACUCAAAGAAUUGCUAGACAUUAAAAUGAGUAAGUUAGAUCUUAUGCUUUGAAAUAUAUACAUCACUUAGUUAAUUUAUAAGAAAAUUAAACUUUUAAAGAACUUAUACAUGCAACACUCUUAGCAGGUCUGAUGGAUGAAUCAUUAGAAAUUAGAAUUCAAGCUUUAAAUGAAUUAAAGACUCUUAAUCCUAAAGAAAAAGAUUAACUUUUAAUACUAUUAUACAAGAAUUCUCAUUGUGAUGAUUUAAGAAAGGUAUCAGAAUCUGUUGUUUAAUAAUUAUUUCCACAUUUCUCUGGUGUUAUUUAAACUGAAUUAAUAAAUGUUAUUAAUGAAAAAAGAUUGAAUGAAUGUGUAAUUUUAUGCUGUUAUUCAACUAUUAGUAGAAAUUGGAGAAUUAGAAGAUCUGGUUUGAAAACACUCUAAUCAAUUAUUUAAUACUAUCCUUAUUAAGAUAUACCUAUAAUUGAAAUAUUAAAAGUUUCUUAAAAUUGCUCUUUGUUUGAAAUCAAUUUUGAUGUAAGAUAUAAUGGAUUUCUAUUAAUGUAUCAUAUAGUUAACAUGUAUUAGAAUAAAAUAACUUAAUUUAAUGAUUAAAUUAUUCAAAAUUGUUUAUUUCAUUUUAGUGAUGAUCACAUAGAAUGUUAAGAGUUGUGUAUUAAUAUACUUAUGAAAUUAAUUGAUGAUUAGCAUUUAAUUUAAGAAUUAUAAAAAUAAUUAAGAUUAAUUAUAAAUAAAGAUUUGAUUUUAUAAGAUUUAUAGGACAAAAUAAAGAAAAUAGAAGAUAUCCAAAAAUAAUUUGAAAAUUAGAAGAAUAAGGAAGAAAUUAAUGAAGAGAUAAUAAUAAAAUACUAAUCUAAAAUAAUGUUAGGAAUUAUUGUAUGUUUUCUUUAGAUGAUUAAAUAAAGAUUCAAUGAAUAAAGUUUAGAAUAAAUUAGUUUAAUGAUCUAUUAAGGAAUUUAAUUUAUUAAUUCUUCAAAGAGUAUUGUUUAUAAAUAUUUAAUAAAUGGAUUGAAAUAGAUUUAUAUGUAAGAUAAAGAAUUAGUUAAGAAAAUGAUCAAUUAAUUAAAUCUUAUUGAGAUAUUGAGAUUAGAUGGGGAAUUAGAAUUAAUAGAUAUAGUGGGUACAUCAAUUUUGAAAGAAUGA